AUGGUACUCGAAACUCUUAAAAACGAGAAACUGAAGGAUUUCGACAAAAAGCGCGAGAUUGAAGAGAUUCUUUCAGUCAGUGUGAACAACGAACAAUUCUCGCAGCUUGUUAGCCUUUCGAAAAAAAUUACCGACUACGGCGCCGAAGAUGAGACCUCGGGGGACCCCGACGUCAAAAAUAUGGAACUGGAUGACGAGGUUGGAGUUGCGGUUGUGUUCGAUGAGAAGGAGGAGCAGGACGAUGACGAAGAAGAAUGGUUCGACAUUGGAGAUGACUUCCAACAACAAAAAUCUACUCUGACCCAGUCACCGCUGCCGAGAAAACAACCUCCGUUCUCGAUCCUCGACUCCGAGUCAAGUUUGCGCGACUGCGAGAACCAACUGAUUGAGCUCUUCGAAUAUCAAAGCUUCCAUAUCACAACCAGAUUCCUCAAAAAUCGCGAUGUCAUUGUCUGGUGCACAAAGCUCAUGCGAAGUAAUGCUGAUGAGCGGGUUAACGUGGAGGUUGCGAUGAGGGAAAGGGGCGCUGGCAAAUCCAAGCCGUCCGAUGCUAUGGACGUCGAUGAACAGAAACACGACGUGCCCAAGACCGCCACUCUAGCCCCUCGAAACGGACCGUGGAUUCGGUACCCAUUGCGAGCAUUCCUACUUGGGCUCAACCCGCUUUGA